AUGAGCGGUUGUGGCAGGAAGCACCGUGCAAAGCAUCUUACGCGACAGUUCCUCGAUGCAUCCGCGUGGUGUGGACUUGGGGAAGGAGAAGUUUUAGCGGUCUGUACGGAGGCGCCUCAAGGUCAACAUGUGCGUGUCAUCUUUGUGGAGCCACCACUCUCCGCGGGCACGGACGCUGCUACUGUAGAAAAACAUAACGGAGCGAGCCCUAGCGCAGACAAGGCGGAAGAGCAUCUCGUGUUUAUCCCCGGAAAGUUUCGAAAGGUCAUUUGGCUCGCGGUGCGCGACAUUGUUGUUGUGGCGGAUCGCUCGACGGUUGCCUCUAAACCGUCGCCGGACCAACUAAAGCAUUUCUUCCGUGAGCAGCCCGAGUGGAAGAGACUAGUAGGUGCUGUCCAGGACUACGUGGAAAGGAAUAGACGAGAGAUGGAACAGCAGCCGCAGUACGCCAAAACGGCGCAUACCACGACGUCGACUCUUCCCAAAGUGGCGUACCCUCUGCCUUCAUGUGAGGGGUAUCAGUCAAGUGUGGAGGGUAGCAGCGAUAUCGGCGAGUUGGAGCAUAUGAACCCUAACAGGAAUAACAUACGACACAAGGUGCCAUUUUUCUUUGGUGAAGAGGAGGAGGAGGAAGAAGGAGGGGAGGAGGAGGGAAGUGAUGAGGAAACUGGUAUUGAGUAG